GGGUUUUCGCUGUGCUGUUACUUGGCCAUCGCUCGUGAGCGUCCAUUGUUCUCAUUCCCUUCCCUUCUCUGCUCCUCUCUUUCCACUAUUACCUUGUUCUACCAAAAAGGAUUUCCUUUCCUUUUUCUUUCGUGGUUUUCGAGAGAUUUUAGGGUUUUUCGGAGCCUUUACCUCGCUGUGAUUCGGUCUCGAUUGCUGGCAUCCUGUCCAUUGCGGGUGAGAGAUCAGUGUUUGCCUUUCUUGGCGAGGCCUUCUCUGUUUGCAGCGUGAUUUGGGGCUUUGUUUGGGAGGAUUUCUCCUUCGGUCGUCGCUGCUGAAUCGGACUAAGCUUGUCGGUUCCUGGAUUGGUGGGCAUUGGAAAAAGAUCGACUUUUUCCUCUAGCUAGUGGGUGCUUUGAGCUCCAGACGCAAUUUUGCAACUAUAUGGUGGUCUGCAAUCGAUUUUGGAGCUCUUUUGGGGUAUUCGUGUUGAAGAGGGUAAGAAAGCAGAGGCAUUGCUGUAGUUUGAAGCAAUCUUGGCUGUAUCAUGGUCUCAGUUAUGCAUGUUUCAGGUACUUUGGCCAAUUUUUAGCUCCUGAGCUUGGAUUCUGCUGUUGAUUUAUGAGUCUAUGUGAAUGUCCCAAAAUUCAAGCCUAUAUUUUCUGAAAUUUGAAUCUUGUUUAAUGCUUUCACACAACAGUUGGUUGACAGUAAUUUGAUCUUAUCUGAGCACUCUUUAACAGUGUUUUGUUCAUCCUUGGUCAACUGCAUUGCCUCCAUGUACUCAGUACUAUAAUUGAUAGAGGAUGAACAAGAUCAUGUUGUAGUCUCUGUGAACCGUUGCUUCAUCCAGAUCUUCUAGUAGUAAUAAGGAAUCCAGAUAUUAGCACUGUAAUCCAUAUUGGAGAUCAUCCUUUGAAGAUGCGAUCUGAGAUGUUCUUAGUACCCACUGAGCUCGUUCGCCACGUUAUGAUUCUCCUCGCACUCCUCGCGGUGUUAUUUGCAUACCAGUAUGAGGCCCAAUCUCCGAGUGCAUCUAUGGACACUGCAAGAUCGUUGGAUGCUCUCCUUCAGGACUAUGCUUACCGUGCUUUUGUUCGCCCCCGGACUGGAAUUACCUAUGAUGGUGCUGUCCCUUCCAAUCUCACGGGCAUCAAGAUCGCAGCAUUAAGGCUCAGAAGUGGGAGCCUGAGAAAGAGAGGAGUUACGAGUUUUAAGGAAUUCAAGAUACCGGUUGGCAUCAUUAUACAACCUUAUGUGGAAAGGUUGGUACUGGUUUACCAUAAUCUGGGCAACUGGUCUUCUUCGUAUUAUCCUCUUCCUGGUUAUACUUAUCUGACUCCAGUUCUCGGUCUCCUUGCUUAUGAUGCUGCAAAUUUGUCUGCCACAAACUUGCCUGAAUUAAAUGUUGUGGUGUCAGGAUCACCCGUUUCUGUUAAUUUCAGAAAUGUUAUCCCAGUUCCGAAUGGUGCAAUUGCCAGAUGCGUGUGGUUUGGAUUAGAUGGCUCGCCACGUUUCAGAGACUUGGUAUCAAGCGAUGUUUGUUCCACAUAUCGACAGGGCCACUUCUCCAUUGUGGUUAAUUCUAGUGAGAUUGCACCUUCCCCAGCACCAAGUGUAUCCCCGGGGCCAAGGCCAAGCCCUGGUGGUUCUAAGAGCAACAAGUCUAAGGUGUGGAAGAUUGUUGGCGCUGCGAUUGGUGGAUUUGUUGCUUUAGCGUUCUUGGCUCUACUCGGUUAUUGGAUCCACAGGUAUAAACAGAAUAAGAAGAUGGCACGAAUGGAGCUGCAUGCAGAUGCCGGAGUAUCAUUACAAACAGCUAGGGUUGGAGAUACACAGGUACCUGUGGCUUCAGUGACAAGGACACAGCCAGUCCUCGAGAGUGAACUUGCUGCCUAAGUGCUGUUAUUGCAUCAUUCAAUGAUAUAAUCAGGCAGCUAGCUGAGAACCGUCCUUCAUAUGUUUCAUAUGCCUACAAUCAUCAGACAGCCAUUGCCAUGUCCCUGUUGCCCUUAUGUUUGUUGAAAUGAAAUCAUACGGGUCAGGUUCUGCACUCAGCACUUGAGCUAGACAUUCUUUUGGAAAGCUGUUUAUGUGUUUCGAUUGCUCCGAUUUGUGAUUGUUCACUGUUCUCAUAUUCUUCUUAUUAUUUGAAAUGCCUACUUUCAUGUAAAAACACCACAAAGCAGAUGCCAUUUCUUGCUACCUGGAACUGUUUCAA